AUGGGCUCUCUCCGCUGGGCUCGGAGCUCCGGGCAGCCCUGGACUGCUGCUGGGUCUCUGUGGGGCUGGGCAGCGUCGAGGCUUCACCUGGACUGGACAACAAGGUUGUUUCAGGAGGACGAAGAGAUGCUGAUUCUGACCCACAGUGAUGAGCUCAACAGAACCUACAGUGAGGACAGCAGAUCGCCUUUUGACAACAUCCCAAACAAAAAUUACACAAGCUCCGAUGACACCAGAGGAACCAGAACUCUGACUGAGCAAGAUAAUCCCAGCAUCCCAGGAUCCACCAGCACCUUACUGCAGGAGAGUCCAACUGUUAAAGAAACCAGAGCUACUGUGAUCUCCACUGGACCCGCAACCAUCACCAUAACCUCAGCAGUUUCCACAGUAGACUCCUUUUGGUUAAAAAACACCAAACAUUAUGGCAAAGGGAUGGGAAGCAACAGUGAGGAGAACCCGAGUUUCAACCAGAACCAGGGUAACAAGAAAGGAUCCUACAGGCUGUUUAGAGGGAGUAUGCAGAAACAGAGACUUUCAGAGGAUGGAGAGGAGAAAAAGGAUGGAGAGGAAACUGUGGAAGGGACGUUUCAGUUCUGUGAAGAAGAGAGAGCGAGGAUGAGUUUGGCUAAUCCAGUUCAGAGUCCAAGUACUGGCACCACAGGUCUGAAACCUCCUCUCACCAUCACCGCCUGGGAGGCUGGCUGGAACGUCACAAAUGCUAUACAGGGUAUCUUUGUGUUGGGUUUACCCUUCGCUCUGGUCCAGUCAGGUUACGUGGGUCUCGUUUUGCUGGUUCUGUCAGCCUGGGUCUGCAACCACACAGGGAGGAUCCUGGUGGCCUGUCUCUAUGAAGAGGAUCAAAGUGGUGGCUCGGGGUCAAAGGUCAGAGUGCGACACAGCUACCAGGACGUUGUGGAGGCCUGCUGCAAAGGACUGUGGCCCAACUGGCCCGGACUGGGGGGCUGGAUGGUUAAUGUCGCUCAGGUCAUUGAACUGUUGAUGACGUGCACCCUGUACCUGGUCGUCUCCACCAGUCUGUUAUCUGACAGUCUAUCGGUGAUGGCUGUUCCUCGAUCAGUGUGUUCUCUGGCGUCUCUGAUGUUCCUGCUGCCCUGCCUGCUGCUCACUGAUCUCAGACCAGUCUCCACUCUCAGCCUGCUGUGCUCCCUGGCUCACAUACUCAUCAGCCUGCUGGUCAUGCUGUACUGUCUGAGUCGAGCCAGCAGCUGGUCCUGGUCCACUCUGUCUCUGUCCGUGGACCCGGAGGACUUCCUCGUCUCCGUGGGCGUCAUCAUCUUCUCCUACACCUCGCAGAUCUUCCUCCCUCCUCUGGAGGGCAGCAUGGAAGACAGAGGGCAGUUUAACGCCAUGCUGGGGUGGACGCAUGGAGCCGCCUGCAUCAUGAAAACUCUCUUUUCUUUACUGGCCGUGUUGACCUGGGGGGCAGAGACCAGCGAGGUCAUCACAGACAACCUGCCCUCUGACCUUCGACCUCUCGUCAACCUGUGUCUGCUGGCCAAAGCCCUGCUGUCCUACCCUCUGCCGUUCUACUCUGCUGCUGAAAUACUGCAGAGCUGUCUGCUUGGAGAUGUCUCAUCGUACUCCAAACACGGAGGUCGAGGCGUGUCUCGUCCGGCCCUGCUGGUCCGCACCGCCCUGCUGAUGACAUCAUACCUGCUGGCCCUGCUGGUCCCCAGGUUCUCCCUGCUGAUGGGUUUGACAGGCAGCGUGACCGGGGCGACCAUGACACUCAUACUGCCGUGCCUGUUUCACCUCCGACUGCAGUGGGGCCGCCUCGCUGUGACGGAGCGGCUGAUAGACGUGUGUAUACUGAGUCUGGGGGUCGUCUGCAGUGUGUCUGGUGUGAUUUGUUCAGUGAAAAGACUGGUGGAAGGACUGUAGGAUGAUGGAUUGAUGGAUGGAAAGGUAGAUGUGUGGGCAGAUCAAACAGGUCAUUUUGAGGACAGUUGAAAGCUCUCUUUCGUAAUAUUUUCUGUAUUAGAAAACUGUAUCAGUGCAUGAUGACUCUAGUCCUUGAAGCAGCAAUAAUCAAUAAUUUCAUAGUUCAUAGUUAGUUCACAUGAGUAAGUAUGUCAGAGGAGUCAAAAGUGUCAAAUCCACUUAAGACGAUCAUCAACUCUGAAGUUCCCCUCAGCUUUACUAAGCAUUUUAGUGUCUUUCAGCUCGCAGUUUUGGUUUUCUGGACCACAACUUUACUGUUUUGGUUCACUCUCGUUGCUCUGCAGUGUCGUUUAUCGUCACAUACGUCACUUUAUUU